GGCCGCAGCCCGGAAGGUUGCUAUGGGGCCAGACUGGAGACCCCCGCCCGCGCCGGGGUGGGAUUCGGGGGCGGGACUACUAGGGGGACGCCGGGGUUCUCCCAAAUCCGGGAGCAGAAAGAAGGUAGAUUUGGUGUGGGCCAUCAGCGAGAGGAGGGAGGCAGAAACCGUUGCUGAGGGACCUGGGAGCUGGAUAGAGGUGGACGAGGUCCAGGCCCAGGACGGGAAAAGCGAGGACUCCGGGGAGUGCAGGUAGAUGAAGGGUGGGUACCCAGCUCCGAACGCCAUCCUCCCUUCAGCGUCCCCACCCGGUCCUGACGAACCCCCGCCCGGCCCCCGGGCCCGAGAGCGGGUAGCAAGCCUCGCCGCCCCCCUUCUUCCCUGGCCGGGGGAUGUGCAAGUAGGCCCCAGCACAACUUGUCCGUAGGUGUGGCCGAUUCCACGGCAGAUUUGUGUGCCGGAGGUCUGCGUGUGUCGGUGGGUGUGUCGGUGGGUGUCAGUGUCUGGCUCUGUGUUUACCUGUGCCCCUCACGUCUGCCCCUGUUGGAGAUGCAAGUCUGGCUGGUGCUGUGUGCCUGCGGAGUUGCUGUUUGUUUGUGAGGUCUGUGUGUCUGUGGAGGUUCGGGACGUAUUUACACAGAAUGGGAAUCUGUGUCACCCUGCCCUCUGAGCGGCCGUGUGGCUGGGUACCUUUGUCAGGGUGUGCACGAGCCACACACCCACUUGUGUGCCUGUCUGGGAGGGGGCCCAUAGGCGCUGUGGGUAUUCUGUGCCUGCUUUCCUCUUCUGAAGACCCGCAUCAUGUCUCUGUUCCCUUCUCUCUUUCACUCACCCCUGCCCAUCCGUCUCCCCCGUUCUCCUCCCCGUCCCCUUCUCAAGUGGAUCCGGGACCCAGGGAGGGCCGCCCCCCGGGCCUGGUGGCGUUGAGAAGGGCCCCUCAGCCCCCACCUCUCGCCCCACGACAUGAACCUUCUCUACCGAAAAACCAAGCUGGAGUGGAGACAGCACAAAGAAGAGGAGGCCAAACGGAGCUCCAGUAAGGAAGCAGGCCCAACAGGCCCGGUGGGGCCUGGGGCUGUCCCAGCGCCCGGGGUUCGAGUGAGGGACAUUGCCUCCCUUCGCCGGUCCCUCAGGAUGGGCUUCAUGACCAUGCCCGCGUCCCAGGAGCACACCCCCCACCCCUGCCGCAGCACCAUGGCCCCACGCUCGCUCUCCUGCCACUCGGUAGGCAGCAUGGACAGUGUAGGGGGUGGGCCUGCAGGAGGCGGGGGCGCUCUCACGGAGGACAGCGGCGCCCGAAGACCCCCGGCCAAGCCCCGGAGGCACCCCAGCACCAAGCUCAGCAUGGCAGGAUCCGGGGCAGAGACACCGCCAAGCAAGAAAGCAGGUGAGACAACCAUCCUGUUACCCAUCCCUCUUCAGAGGGAGCUGGCAGCCGCAUGA